UUUUACACAUAAAUUCAAAAUAACAAAGUAGUACAAGCAGUGAAUCUAUAAGACCUCGAAAAGAAUGUAAAAAUAAAUUAUAAAAAUGAUAUACAGUUUUCGUGGGAUCACCCAUCCGAACUGUUUCUACCAUGAAUGCCGAUCCUAUUCGAUAUACAGAAAGAUCAUAGCGAGUUUUCCAUUUUCUGAAUCCACCGUUAUGCUUCGUUUUUUUGUUCUUUCUUUUUCUUCUUCUUUUUUCGUGUGCAAGCAUAAGACUCCCAUCCACUCACUUCCUUAUCUGAUGACUCCAGUGGAAAAACCAAGUCCUAAAUCAUCAACACUAAAAAAGACCCAAGAGUUAGUUCCCUUAAUGUUGAUGAAUCCGAUCCGCAUCCUUUACGUUGCCGUCGUUCAUUCCUGUUCUUGCUCCUAGCGAUUUCGUUGUUGGGAUCUGCUUAAAAGGUCUUUGACUGUCGGCCGCACACAUUGCUCAGUUCAGAAUUAUGACAAAUUAUAGUAUACAUAAGCUUACUUUCUUUCUCAGUAGAAAUCAAUGAAAAUAUACCGUAAAUAUAUUUACUUACUUAUUUGAUAUUAAUAUAAACGCCUG